AUGGGCAAAUCAUACAUCGCAAUCUUGGAGCGGAGCGGCCUUGGUAUGGUGGGUAAGCUUAGAGGCUUUGCACUUCUCACCUGCUGUAACAGGGAGAGGGACACACGAUGGGUAGAAGAACAGGAAAGCUUCGAGCACAUUCGCUACCUCCUUCCUCCCGAACCCGGAAUAUUAACCCUCCGAGAGACAGGGGGUGUGGGGCAGGCCGAGAAAGGAGGAUGGGUGCCGACAUGGAGGGAUGAAUGGAUGGAUGGAUGGAUGGGUGGUGGCAGGCGCAGUGAGAUGCAGAGGAUAGUUGAGAAGGUACCAGUUGCAGUUGCAGUUGCAGUCAGCGUUCGAUGCAUCAGAGUCUCAGUCCUACUCCCGCUCGCGCUCCCAUUGGCGCGGGGCCAUUGA